CAUAAAAUCGUAGUUUCUGUGUUGUUGAUCACUGGCUUUGGCUGCUCAGGUGACAAGAUUCAAUCAUCAUCUCUGUCACUUCCGUUCUCGAGUCGACUCGAGACCCCUCGCGUUUCCCAGCUCUUGCUGCGGGAAUUCCUGAACUGAGCGGAGCAGCCAUGGCGUGCAUCGCCCCAGCAGUCGCGUCGCUUCAGGCAGCAACCACCGCGAGACUGCAGAGCCCCCUGGCCUCUGCUUGCUCAGCUGCUGCUUCUUCCAAGGCCGGCUUUAAAUGCGCGGCUUCUGCCUCCCGCGUUCUCCCGUCCAUCACCCCUUCGCCGCUCUCUCAACAUGUAGUCAGUCAAAUCAAGAGCUCUCUGCCCCGAAAAAUGCGGCGAUCCGUCUCCGUGUAUGCCACAUCAGCAACCGAAGCUUCCACGCAGGCUCCUGAGGGCAACAGCGCGAGCAGCGGUGGGUCGUCCAAGGGUCGCGUGAUGGUGAUCGGCGGUGACGGGUAUUGCGGCUGGGCGACGGCGCUGCACCUAUCAGAGCAAGGCUAUGACGUGUCCAUCGUGGACAAUCUCAGCCGUCGAUUGUUCGACGAGCAGCUGGGAUCGCAGACCCUCACGCCGAUCGCGUCGAUUCACGAUCGCGUGCGACGCUGGCGAGAGAUCACCGGGAAAACGAUCGCACUGUACAUCGGCGACGUGUGCGACUUCGAGUUCCUCGCAGACGCGUUCCAGACGUUCGAGCCGACGGCUGUGGUGCAUUUCGGCGAGCAGCGAUCGGCGCCGUACUCCAUGAUCGAUCGCAACCGCGCGGUUUUCACGCAGCAUAACAACGUGAUCGGCACUAUCAAUGUGAUGUUCGCGAUUAAGGAGUUCGCUCCUGAGUGCCACCUGGUGAAGCUGGGGACCAUGGGCGAGUACGGCACGCCGAACAUUGACAUUGAGGAGGGCUUCAUUACAAUCACGCACAACGGAAGGACGGACACGCUGCCGUACCCGAAGCAGGCCAGCUCGUUCUACCACCUCAGCAAGGUGCACGACUCACACAAUAUCGCGUUCGCUUGCAAAGCGUGGAGCAUGCGGGCCACCGACCUCAACCAGGGCGUGGUGUACGGCGUGGCGACGCCGGAGACUGAAAAGGACGUGAUGCUCAUCAACCGCCUGGACUAUGACGGGGUGUUCGGCACCGCUCUCAACCGAUUUGUUGUCCAGGCGGCCGUGGGGCACCCGCUGACCAUCUACGGCAAGGGCGGCCAGACCCGAGGCUACCUCGACAUUCGUGACACAGUCCGCUGUGUAGAACUGGCGAUCGCCAACCCCGCCAAGCUGGGCGAGUUUCGCGUGUUCAACCAGUUCACGGAGCAGUUUUCCGUGAGGGAUCUGGCACGCCUGGUGACGGCUGCGGGGGAGAAGAUGGGAAUUGAGGUCAAGGCCAUCAACGUGCCCAACCCGCGAGUAGAGGCGGAGGAGCACUACUACAACGCCAAGCGCACCAAGCUGCUCGAGCUCGGCCUGCAGCCGCACUUCCUGGGCGAUGCUCUCCUCGACUCCCUGCUGAACUUCGCCGUCCGCUACAAGGACAGGGUGGAUGGCAAUCAGAUCAUGCCAGCUGUCUCGUGGAAGAAGAUUGGCGUCAAGCCCAAGACAUCGGUUACCACCACACCUGCUGCUUAGCAGAACAGUUGAGGGUAGACACGGUAACGGUAAUAUCCUAUGUCUGGCAAGGGGCUGGCCCACUCUGUGACAACUGUGACACCUGCUGCUUGGAGGUCUCACUCACAUAGGUUGUAGAACCUAAGAAACAGCUGGCACUAAUACUGUUCAAUAUGCUUGGCGAUCAUUGCCCAAACAAUAUUGCAUUGCAUGGUACCUAGAACAUUAACAAUCUCCAGA